AAUAAUGGGAAAAAUACGGAAUAAUCAGAAAACGAAACUAAUUUGACAGAGGGAGUCUGAGUGACUGAGUCUGUCGGGUUGUGGUCUUAUGUCGCAAGCUCAUCCUACCAAGUUCAAAUCGACCCAAUUUCUCUAAUUUUCCAAAAAUCGUCAUCGCUUUUUUCCCUUCCUCUCCCUCUUUCUUCAUCCCCACCUUCAGGUGGGCAUAUAACAAGCACCACUAUCUUAUGAAGAUUGAGUUAGAAGGGCUUAAAAAGAAAAUUUUGAUUUGAUUGGGGAGGAAUGUAUCGUCCAAUGCCUACAGAAUCCCCCACUAGGGGUGGAUCGCCCACCGAUACAGGAGAUUCUGUUGUAACUUUGGAUCAAGUUCCGCGUUGGACUGAUGCUGAGGUUCGCUGGUCUUUGGAACCUGAUAGUGAAGACUCUAUUUUUCCUAGUACUCAUUUCCCAGACCCUCUUACAUCAGCUUCCACUUCAGAGAAUGGAAGUAAUGGUAUGGUGUCUAGAUUUCCUGUUGACCAUGAAAUUAACUCUAAGGUUUAUCUCUGGAGAGGACACCCUUGGAAUAUUGAAGUAGAUGCUGUUGUUAAUUCGACAAAUGAGAAUAUUGAUGAAGCACAUAGCAGUCCUGGUCUACAUGCUGCAGCCGGUCCUGGUCUCGCUGAAGAGUGUGCUACACUGGGCGGAUGCAGAACGGGGAUGGCAAAGAUGACAAGUGCAUAUGACCUUCCCGCUAGGAAGGUUAUUCAUACUGUUGGACCAAAGUAUGCAGUCAAAUAUCACACAGCAGCAGAAAAUGCUUUGAGUCACUGCUACCGUUCUUGCCUUGAACUGCUUAUAGAAAAUGGGCUUCGAAGCAUAGCAAUGGGCUGUAUAUAUACGGAGUCAAAAAACUAUCCUCGUGAGCCAGCGGCACAUGUGGCCAUAAGGACUGUAAGGCGAUUUCUUGAGAAGCAUAAAGAUAAAAUUACAGCCAUUGUGUUUUGCACUACCACAACAAUAGAUACAGAAAUAUAUAAAAGAUUACUUCCACUUUACUUUCCCCGUGAUAAACAUGAAGAAGAGGUUGCCAUAUCAAAGCUUCCUGCUGAUGUUGGCGAUGAAAAUGGUGAAACGGUCAUAGAUGAACGUAAAAUCAGAAUACAGCCACUUCCAAAUGCUAGGAAGGCAGACUCCAGACCUUCUCAAAUCUCAGAUCAACUUCCACUUAGUGACGUUGGAUUAGUUAGAAGGGAUUCAUCCUAUUUGGAUGCAUAUCUGGAUCCAGCGUUUAUGUCACUUAUGAAGGAUCCAGACCAGAGACGCAAAGAACUGUGGGAAAAGGCUGCUCAAGCUCAAAGUGGAUGGAAUUUUGCAAAAUUGCUUGGAUUUGGUGAUCUGGGUGGUCCUCCAUUGUCUGCUGCUGAGGAGUAUUCUCUCCAUUCUAGAUAUCUUGCAAAAGCGAAUUCCUCUAAUCUUUCAGAGAUUGCGGAGAUGAAAAUUGUAUAUCGUGGUGGAGUAGACAGUGAAGGACGUCCAGUUAUGGUAGUGGUUGGAGCUCAUUUCUUGUUGCGCUGCCUUGAUCUUGAGCGUUUUAUCCUGUACGUAGUGAAGGAGUUCGAGCCCAUAAGUCAGAAGCCAUAUUCUAUUGUCUAUUUCCACUCUGCUGCGUCAUUACAGCCUCAACCAGACUUAGGGUGGAUGAGAAGAUUGCAGCAAAUACUUGGUCGCAAACACCAACGUAAUUUGCAUGCAAUAUAUGUUCUACAUCCAACAUUUGGAUUGAAAUCAGCCAUUCUUGCCCUACAAAUGUUUGUGGAUAAUGUGGUGUGGAAGAAAGUGGUUUAUGUCGAUCGUUUACUACAGCUCUUCAGAUAUGUUCCUCGUGAACAGUUAACCAUCCCUGACUUUGUAUUCCAGCAUGAUCUGGAAGUGAACGGAGGAAAAGGUCUUAUUGUUGAUCCUAGAACAAAGUAUGUGUAUCAACGACCAUAGACCGGAUUGUGGAAUUUACUGUCAGGGGUUGUGUAUUCUUUAUUUUCUUUUCUUUUUUGUGAAUCAUAAUCAGUUUGAUAUUUUAUUUGGCUUCAAUUAUGUAUAUUAAUGUUUACAAUUUUUUCAGUUUUCUCUCUCUUGCUUAUUUUUUCUGUUGAAUGUAAAUCAGGUGAAGAUUUCAAGUAGUGUCUUGCUGCCUGUAAUAUUGAUGAUUAUGAUAAAUUAUCUCCUUUUUUGUACAUAAA